AUACAUUUGUAGCUUUUCGAAAUCUAAUACGCUCAUAAUGAAAGGAAAGUCGGGACAUUUACAGUUGUCUAUUCAUCCAACUACCUAUGCACCCUAGUCUACCACUGAGCCACCCGGGGUCAGCUGGUAUUGUCAGACACCGCCUAUGCAGGUAGGCUGCAAGCUAUGAAAUGAGUCUACGUGUGUUUCUGGAGUUAAUUCCAUUGCUUGUUCUGCUGGAUACUACUCACAUACGUCCUUGUGGGUCAGCUCCAGUUCUUGCCACCAACAGACGUGUUCCUGUGGAGGGUGUCAGUUUCAGCAUCACCUGUACACUAGAUGCAGCUAUCAUUGGAUCUGCUGUCUUCUACAAGGGUCCUACUUCUAACCAGGGAGCCUGCCUAUCAUCAGGCAGGUGUGGGACAUCUGUGUCAGGAUACAAUGUGAGUCUGGACAGUACAUCGAGGAUCCUGACUUUAGACAUCGCAUCAGCAGAUUCCACCAGAGACAGUGGGACAUGGACAUGUAGUGAUGGUGCUGCAUUAUCCAACAACAUCACACUGUCACAGUUUGCAGUUGUCCUGGACUGGAACUCUGUGACCUUCUCUCCAGAACUGACAUCUCUCCCGUCCUCAGUGACACCACAGAAUAACAUCUCCGUCACUGUGACCACUCCGUGUACUACCCCUGCCGCCGCCAUCACAUGGAGAUACCAGCAGGAUGAAACAGUUUUAGCCGUACAUAGGACUGGUGUGAGUGGCGUCCCUCCUAGCAGUACAUCUUCCACCCAGGGAUCAUGUCCAUCAGGUCAGGUCCAGACAACCAACACCCUGUCUCUACCAGGGAACACAGUCAGUCUCUACAACAGGCAGGUGUCUCUCACUGUCAGUGUGGAACAUGACUCCUUUGAUCCUCCCACGUACACCAAAUCUGUCACUUCAAACACCAUACAGUUCCCUGUCCGGGUCAGCUCUGUGACACUCACAAACAUCAAGUCUGAUAAUGAGAAGAUUGGACAGGAGGUGGGUCAAACUCUAACCUUGACCUGCGUGACCUCAGCCAGUUUCCCCACUUCUACUGUCACCUGGGUGGCCUUGCCAUCAGGAACGACACCUACAGUCACCACAGAGACGACAUCUGGUGUCCUGAUGAAGACAACAAGCUCCGUCACAUUCACUGUCAGUAGGGGUGACCAGGGGAGGAGCAUUCGUUGUCAGGCUGAAAACAUCAACGGUCAGACAUCCCCGCAGUCUAACAGAGCCACACUGGAAGUUUGGUUUGGACCAGAGCACGUUGAUGUAACAAUGCCAGAAAACAAUGUAACUUUAGAGAACAUAAAUAUGACCUUGACCUGUGGUACCACCGGUUACCCCAACCUGAUCUUCACCUGGGACUACAGUGAUGGAACACCAGUAGGUGGCAGCACAGGACCUGUAGCAGAAUCUUCUACUUGGUGGUCCCAGACUCUCAUCUUCAGGCCAAACAAAGGCAAGACAAGUGUGAGGUGUCACGUCAGAAACACCAUAACAUCCACAACUAAGACUGGUUCUGUGUCACUGGAUGUCAAAUAUCACCCACGUGACCCUCCCUCCAUCACACAGUUUCCGGCUCUGAUGUUUGAAGGAGACCCACAGACAAUCAGCUGCUCUGUGACAGGAGGAAAUCCUCUAGCUACGAUCACAUGGUCCUGUCCUGGCACUGGAUCAGCAUCGGUCAGUGACAGUGGUCAGACCAGGACAUCUACUCUCUCCUUUACUGUCAGCAGGAGUCAACAUGGUCAACAGUGUCAGUGUCUGGGGGCGUGGCGGUAUGGAGGAUACAACUACACUGAUGUCAGGACAUUCAACGUCAGCUGUCCAAUAAACCCACAACCACUCAAAGCCGACUGUAACAUGACAGGUGUAAUAGCAGGAACCGCAAUAGGAACCCUAAUUCUCACCUUACUGAUUGGAGCUCUAGUUCUGGCUGUCCUCUAUAGGAAGGGGUUCAGGUUUGGAAACGUCAUGACAGAAAAUGCUUCCCCGAAAAGCACUAGAAAUCCUGAAUUGGAAGAAAAUGAAAACAUAGGAUACUCCUCCCUAGAUCAAAUUGACAGUCCAGCACAGUCCUCUAGCAUGAGUAGAGAUGGUUCGGAAAGACAACAUUACACACAGUUGAAGAUUUACGAGAAUACAAACGUCGAGGCCAAACGAGAGACAAGUACCUACGAAGACAUAACAGAGACGCCUCCUGCACCAAACGAGUCAAUCAGCGCCUCUCCAUACCAGAACAGCGGCGCUCAACCUUGAGAUCCUGACUACGGGAAUACGUAAAGCAAACAAGACAUGAGAUGACAUCACUGGACAGUAAUACAAAGGGAAUGAACUGAUAAUCUGUGUACAUUUCAUAUGGUUUAUUUUGUCAACAUAUGACUGUUACCUUAUUACAUAUGUAUAUGAUAUUAUAUUAUUUGUACUAUGUACACACAUGAUUCAACAAACGUUUACGCACAUAUAUAUUUUUAAGAUUGGAUAAUUGUGUAUUUAUCUGUGUUCGUAUGCAUAAUAGAUGACUAUAUGUAACGAGAUGUAACUGUGUAUAUUUUAAAUGCAGUAUGUGUAUACCGCGUAAAAUAAGAAAUGUCUCGUUACACUUUAGUUUGAUGACAUCAGACAAUGAUUUCAGUGAUUUACGCGUGUUUAAGAUUAACAGACUUAACAUACCAGAAAAAGGAACAAAAUGCAAUUAUGUUAUGAUGAAAGUUUGGCGUAAUGUUCUUGAUUGAUUGUACUGAUUGUUGUAAUAAUCACUGAUCCUUUUACAACAAAUAAGAUAUAGAACUCGAACCCAAACCCAAUGUUUCUCUUUCUAAAGCUAUUGAUAAGUAAAGUAUUUUCUGUGAAAUCAAAAAGUCUUUUAACAUCAUAAAACAUUUCCCCGUGUGACCAAAUUCAUAUUUAAAUCAUUUAGUUUCAUAUAUCGCUUAAGGAAGGUUAUCCGAUAUUUUGGCACCAUCAUUGAUGAAAAGCUCAGUUUUACAGCGAACACAGACAAAAUCUAAAAAAUGCUAACAAAGACUCUUCACGGAAAUUAAACUCUUUUAAUGUCAAUUAUACUUCCAAACGCCACUUUUUAGAAACUCAUUUCUUCCAUGCUUUUAUAUAUCACAGCAUCUAAUGUACAACAAAUUCCCAUUCGGGAAAAUAAAGUAUUAUUGUCGUUAUUAUUAAAACAAUUCAAACAAGACUCUUAUUUAACUUGUUUGGUGACUUCACGUAAGAAAAAUAAAGAUUCACUCCAAAUAACUUAUGUUUACUUCAUGACCGUAAAAAAAUAUGGUCGGUUUUA